AUGGCCAACAAAUAUUCAGUCAUUCUCCCAACCUACAAUGAGAAGGAGAACCUUCCCAUAAUUACGUAUCUUCUAGCCAAGAUGUUUAAAGAGAACAAACUUGACUGGGAGAUCGUCAUUGUGGAUGAUAAUUCUCCGGAUGGAACUCAGGAUGUUGCAAAGCAAUUGGUCAAGCUUUAUGGAGAUGAUCACAUCAACUUGAAGACGCGUGCAGGAAAGCUUGGUCUAGGUACCGCAUAUAAAUUUGCUCUUCAGUACGUGAGGGGAAACUUUGUCAUCAUUAUGGAUGCCGAUUUCUCUCAUCAUCCGGAAGCAAUUCCACAAUUUAUUGCUAAACAGAAGGAGAAGGAUUUUGACAUUGUUACUGGCACGAGAUAUGCUGGAAAUGGAGGUGUGUAUGGCUGGAAUUUGAAGAGAAAGCUCAUUAGUAGGGGUGCCAACUUCUUGGCUAGCGAAUUGCUAAGACCACAUGUUUCGGACUUGACCGGUUCCUUCAGACUUUAUAAGAAGCCAGCUUUGGCCAGUAUAAUUGAGGUUACCAAGUCAAAGGGUUACGUUUUCCAGAUGGAAAUGGUCAUCCGUGCCAGAUCGUUGGGUUUGACUAUUGGUGAAGUUCCGAUUUCUUUUGUUGACCGACUUUACGGACAGAGUAAGCUUGGAGGUGACGAGAUUAUAGGCUACUUGAAGGGCUUAUGGACUUUGUUCACUACCGUUUAA